AUGGGAGAAUUAGAACUAGAAGAUAACAGCGUCAACAAAACCGAAUCGCAACAGCCACAGCCUCUGGACCCUGUCCCUGAAGAGAGUUCGCCUCUUCAGGAAAAUGAAUCAGAUAUUGUUAACCAAGAGCCUAAUCAAUCGGUCACAUCUACACUCGAUGAUCAGAAGGUUGCAGAUGAUCAUGCUGAAAAUAAGGAAACAGAAAACCAUGAUGAUAACAAAGAUACUAAGGGCUCAAGUGACAAAGAUACUGGUCUUGCAAAAAUUGUAGCAGAGAAAAGAUUGGCUUUAAUUAAAGCAUGGGAAGAUAGUGAAAAGACAAAGGCAGAAAAUAGGGCAUUCAAGAAGCAGUCUGCUGUUGGAUUAUGGGAGGAAAGCAAGAAAGCAUCCAUAGAGGCUCAACUCAAGAAAUUUGAGGAAAAUUUGGAAAGAAAGAAGGUUGAGUAUGUUUUAAAAAUGAAAAAUGACAUAGCUGAAAUCCACCAGUAUGCUGAAGAGAAAAGGGCAAUUGUUGAGGCUCAAAAAAGGGAAGAAUUCCUUGACCUAGAAGAGACAGCUGCUAAAUUUCGUAGCCGUGGAGUUGCACCCAAGAAAUUUUUAGGAUGCUUUAGCAGUUAA